ACUCUCUCUUUUAGACCCACACACAUUCUCAUGUAUCACGAAGCGCUGUUUGACAGUAAGCCUGUCUCUGGACGAUCUGUUUCAGCGUGGAUGCUCUCUGGUCUCAUCCUUUCCUCUCUUCAGUAUUCUGUUGCUGUGGUGGGACGUCUAGCUACACUGAUCUUCUGGGGUCAGGCUUCACCUCCAGCUCAGGAUGGAAGCAGUAGCUCUUUACAACUUUUGUGCCACGGAAAGUGACGAGCUUAGCUUUCAGAAGGGAGACGUGCUCAAGAUCACUAAUAUGGAAGAUGAUCCUAACUGGUACACUGCAGAGUUGGUGAACAGGAAGGGCUAUGUACCUAAAAACUAUAUCAGCUUAAAGCCACACAAAUGGUUUGUGGGCCGUAUCUCCAGACACAUGGCCGAGAAUCGACUGCACCAGCAGACGUGUGGAAGCUUCUUAGUAAGAGAGAGUGAGAGUGCACCUGGAGAAUUCUCCAUGUCCGUCAGCUAUGGGGAUCAUGUACAGCAUUUCAAGGUGUUAAAGGACAGAGAUGGCUAUUACUAUGUUUGGGAGGAGAUCUUUCCUUCCUUAAACCAGCUGGUGGACUUCUACAAGACCAACAGCAUAGCAAGGGAAAGGACUGUUUAUCUGAAGGAAACAGAACAUACAUUAAAGAGGCCCCAUGAAGCACAAGCCCUGUUUGACUUCAAUCCAGAGCACGACUCCCAGCUGCACUUCCUGCGGGGUGAUGUCAUAGAACUGCUGGACUGCUCUGAUUCUCAGCGCUGGAAAGGUUGUUGUCGUGGCCUUGUGGGCUUUUUCCCACCCGAGUACGUCAAGCCCACCUAUCGCUGACUCUGAAGGACAAUAACAGCACUGUUUGUAAAUAUCAGUAGUCAAUUGUUAGCAUCAUUUAAUGGUUUAAUACGACACAAAUGAUCAAGCUAACUUUGAAAAUGACUUUGGAACAAGUAAUCAGGCAGAAAUGAACUUAUCUAGCCACAGUUCCUAAAACAUAAUCAUGCUGUUGACACUAAGAUGACAACUGUCAGCUUUUUAAGCCAAAUGCCCUUAACUAUCAAGCACCAUUAUACAAAAAAAAAAAAAAAAACCUGCAUUCUUGGGUCCUUUGGUCCAUAAAAAUGCAAAUGGAGAUUUUGAAUUUUAUAUAUAUCUUCACUGCACUUUGCUUAUAAAUUUUGAUCUUUUUUUUUAUUAAUUGCUAUAUUUAUUAUACUUUUGUUCUGUGUAUAUAUUGUUCAUAACUGUUUUUGUCUUGUUUUCUUUUGACUAUAUAAAUGUUGCAUUAUGAUGACUGAAAAUAGAUGAAUAUUAACACAAUAGUUUGUACAUGUGACUAGUCUUCAGUUAGAGCCUAAUAUGGCUAUUGGGUCAAGCCAGGAAAUGACUAAACCUGAUAUAAAAUUAUGAAGAUCAUUCCAUCUUCCAUUAUUUGACAUUCUGAUGUGCUGCAAAGUACUGUAAAAGGAAUUAAUGUUUUUUUUUAAGCCAUGGAUUACCUCUUGAAUUUCAAAUUAGAUUUUAGAAUAUUGCUUUAAAGGUGUAGUUCACUUCCAGAAUAAAAAUUUCCUGAUAAUUUACUCACCCCCAUG